AUGGAGAUGCACGAUCGUUGUCGUUCGCACCACGAGACGGGCGAUAUCUUCAUGAUGGGGACGCCUGGCAGGAAUUGGCUCUACAUAGCAAGCCCCGACGCUUUGAUGGAUAUGUUUCGACGGCGCUCCGAUUUUCCGCAAUGCAUUGAGCUCACUGAGAUGAUCAAUGUCUUUGGUACCAACUUGGGCACUGUCGAAGGCCAGCAAUGGAAGACCCAACGCAAGAUGAUAGCUACUUGUUUCAAUGAGAAGAACUAUGAGAUCGUCUGGUCUGAGAGUCUCUCUCUAGCUCGCGACAUGCUCAAGUACUGGGUCAAAAAACCUUCAAUCAACAGUUCUGCCGACGAUCUUCGCACUCUUUCUCUGCAUGUUCUUGCCGGAGCUGGGUUCGGAAAGUCUUUUGAGUUUGAAGGGCACGACGAAAGGAGUAGCACCAGUCUCUCUGGCGACUAUAAGACUUCCCUCCAAAUGAUCUUGGAGAAUUGCAUUCUUAUAAUGGCCUUGGGGCCGAAGUCUCUAUCUAAGGCUCGGCCUUGGCUUCCAAAGUCUUGGAAGCUCAGGAGACUUGCCGAUAGAUGCGCUUACUUUCAACGGUACAUGACUGAGCUCUACGAAGAUGAGAAAGUCCAAGCCCGCCUGCAGACAGACUCCAGCGCCUCGAAGACGCUGAUGAGCUCGCUCGUCCGCGCCUCGCAAGACGAGGCAAAGAACGGGGCUGGCCUGACAGAGAGCGAGAUUUACGGUAACAUGUUCAUGCUCAACUUUGCCGGGCAUGACACCACAGCACACACCUUCACGUUCGCCAUCCACUUCUUGGCAGCGAACCCAGCCGUACAAGACUGGGUCUCCGAGGAGGUGCGUAGUAUCCUGUGCGACAACCAGGCCGAGUGGGACUAUGCCACUGACUUUCCUCGCCUCAAACGCUGUUUCGCUGUCUUGCUCGAGACACUUCGUCUUUACACGCCGGUCCCUGUGGCCAAAUGGACAGCCAAGGGGACGGCAUCGCUAGAGACUAACGGAAAGACAUUCAUUGUACCAGCAAACACUAUGGUUAUUCCCAGCUACGCGACCGUUCAUACUGAGCCUAAGUACUGGGGCACCGACUCGCUCACGUGGCGACCGUCGCGCUGGAUCCAGGCAGCCGGCGCGCCUGGCAAGGAAGAGCUCAUCACCCCCCAGAAAGGCACUUUCUUGGGAUGGUCGGAGGGUGCGCAUGACUGUCCUGCCAGGAAGUUCUCACAGGUCGAGUUCGUGGCUGCUGUGGCGACUUUGCUUCGGGACUGGCGAGUCGAUCCAGUACCGCUAGAUGGGGGGGAAAGCCUAGAGAGUGCGCGGAACAGGGUGUUGGACCUGAUCAAGAACGAUUCUGGACCUGUGCUACUGCUGCAGAUGCUACACCCCGAGCGUGCAUCACUGACCUGGACGAAGAGCAUCAGAGCCACGGAAAGGAAGCAGCUGAUGAGGUCGUAG